ACAUCUUUACAGCUCUAUAAAAGUGAGAUUAGCUGCUCCGCUGCUCUCUUAAAUUUAACAUUUAAAGUAAAACUCCUGACUUAGUUUAGUUUUUGUGCCUUCAGAGGUUUGUCUCGUGUGUGAUGGUUUUAACAGUGAGAGAGAGUCGCUCCUCCCCCGCAGGCUGAAGCUGUCUCCAUCCUCAGCAGCAGCUACAUGAGGACAAACGGCCGCACUUUACUCUGAUCCCCGUCCUCUGUGAGUCCUCUGUCCGUCCUCUGCGGCUCGUUUUCAUGAAUCUGUGGCGCCGAAAACUUUCUCUGGAGAGGAAUAUAAAACACCAGAAGUCAAUGGAUUAGCGCUGAGCGUGUAGGAUUAUUAUUAAUGCAGAGACGUUUUUUUUAAUCGGAUGUUCAUGAGGACUUUGUCCAUGUCUUCUGUCGGAUGAUGGCUGAGACAGUGUCCCUCAUUCCACUGUUGGGCAUUAUUCUGAAAAUCAGCUGUGUUGCUGCCAUAGAACUGCGGUUUAUGCCUGAUCCGCCAACGCUGAACAUCUAUGGCGUCCACAGGAUGAACAGAUCUGACAACGUGGAGCUCACAUGCAGAGGUCGGCAGUACCUGAGGUGGACGACCCCUCCUACGAGCACUCGCUUCUCCACCAGUGACUGCAGUGGAUCGGGACUCUUCUGCACAACGCUGCGGAUCUCUAAUGCAACUGUCAAUGAAACUGGACAGUACCAGUGCGCCUACAAAGACAUGAAAGCCGAAGAUGGCAAAACUUCAGCAGCAGCCUAUGUGUUUGUCCACGAUUACAAGGUGCCAUUUGUGCCGUCUGAGAAAGAAUACGAGGUGGUGUUCAUCCGCGAGGGAGAGCGGGUGGUGAUACCGUGCAGAGGAUCGGUGGAAGAUCUCAACGUUACACUGCACACUAAGUAUCCAAAUAAGGAGCUUCAUCCUGAUGGAAAAGACUCUUUGUGGGACGCCAGAACGGGUUUUACUGUUCCCAGUCAUCUGAUCAGCUACGCCGGCGUUGUGUCCUGCCAGACCCGGAUUGGAAAUGAGACGUUUAAGUCUCCUCUCUACAUUGUCGCUGUUGUCGGAUACAAGAUCUAUGAACUCACCCUGACCCCCGCGCAAGUGAGGCUGUCUGUGGGGGAACGGCUGGUGCUCUGCUGCACCGCCAAAACCGAGCUCAACGUGGGCAUCGAAUUCAACUGGACGCACUCCGGUCAGGCCCUGACCUCGGUGAACGGUUCGAGGCCGACCCACGCACAACCGCACAAAAAGAAGCUGUGGAACUCUCUGGAGCUUUCCAACACACUCACAGUGGAGAACGUGACAGUCGAUCACACCGGAAAAUACACCUGCACUGCAUCCAGCGGGCAGAUGGAGAAAAGUGCCUGGGCAGUUCUUAAAGUGUAUGAAAAGCCUUUUAUUGACAUGAAAGAACCAUGGCAGAAGGUUUGGGAGGUAAAUGUUGGAAGUCAAGCAAAUAUCCCUGUCAAGUACUCGGCCUACCCAGAGCCCAGUCUCAAAUGGUUAAAAAAUGGCCUACCACUGGCUGAUUACAGAAUAAAACAGAGAAGUGAUACCCUCAUCAUCCAAGGAGUCACAGAAACAGAUGCAGGGAAUUACACAAUGGUCCUGACCAAUAAGAAUACAAAAGAAGAGCAGAGACGCUCUUUCCAGCUGCUGGUCAAUGUGCCACCUCAUAUCAUUGAGAAGGAGGUGGCGGUGGACAAUGAUGUGUACCCAUAUGGCAGCAGCCCCACCCUGAGGUGCACCGCCCGUGGGUUUCCCACACCUGCACACAUCCAGUGGCAGUGGAUGUCUAAAGAGGACUGUCCAGAGGCCUUCCUGUCUGGACUGAUAAAGUCUGAAGUAAAACUAGAGGGGUGUACAGGUUGGAGAGAUAUCAGCAAUAGCACUGGUCACCAUCCUGUCGAGCGAAUUAUGAUUGAUGCUGAGCCUAACCGAAAGAAAAUCGCAAGCUCUUUGAAGAUUCAGAAAGCGGAGGCCCACGCCCUUUACAGAUGCACGGCUGCCAACAAAAUAGGAGAGGAUUCACGAAUCAUCUUCUUCCACGUCACACGUGGCCUUGAGGUGAGUGUGUCUCCGUCUAAUAAGCCCUUAGAAGAGGACCAUGUGGUUCUGCGCUGUAAGGCGGACAACAUGAUCUACAGCAACCUGGUCUGGUACCGCGUCCACAACAUCUCAGAGUCAGAGCAGAUCACGCCGAUACAGCCCUGUCGCCCCUGGUGGACUAUAACUAAGUACACUAACUCCAGUUCUGUACUGAAGAACAAUCUUGAGCAGAAGCCCCGGUCACAUGUAGUGCUGUCCAGUCUGCAGGGCAACAACGUGACCCUGGAGCUGUCGCUGCACAACGCGUCCCGUGAGGACCAGGGUCUGUACGCCUGUCAGGUGGAAAAUAUCAAGACUCGAGAGACAACCUGCCUGCUCCGCCGCCUUUCUCUAAAAGGUCUUGAGGCUGCCAGAAUCCUUAAUAAUUUGACCGAUCAAAAAGUUAACGUGAGUGCAACGAUCAGCCUCCUCUGUGAUGCAGCUGGGACACCAAACCCAAUGGUGGUGUGGACCAAAAACAACCAAACUGUGGUGGAGGGCUCAGGUGUGAUUCUGAGCCAGGAUAACCACAUUCUGACUAUUCAGCGCGUGAAGAAGGAGGACAGCGGUCUGUACACCUGCACUGCAUGCAACAUCCGCGGCUGUGACACCUCACAGGCCUAUUUGACUACUGAAGGUGCGGAGGAAAAGACAAAUGUGGAACUAAUUGUUCCUAUUGGGUCAGUGGUCAUCGCCAUGUUUUUCUGGUUGCUGAUCGUCUUUGUCAUCCGUGGCAGAAAGAGACCAAGUGGUGGGGAUCUGAAGACGGGCUAUCUGUCCAUGAUCCUGGACUCGGAGGACAUGCCCAUGGACGAGCAGUGUGAAAGACUCACGUAUGAUGCAAACAAAUGGGAGUUCCCUCGAGACAGACUGAAGCUCGGUGACCCGCUGGGACGAGGAGCGUUUGGUCAGGUGGUCGAAGCAGCUGCCUUAGGCAUCGAGAAAGCUACCACGUGCACCACUGUUGCCGUCAAGAUGCUAAAGGAGGGAGCCACAUCGAGCGAAUACCGCGCAUUGAUGUCCGAGCUGAAAAUUCUCAUUCAUAUCGGACAUCAUCUGAAUGUGGUCAACCUGCUGGGAGCCUGCACGAAGCCUGGAGGGCCUCUGAUGGUGAUUGUGGAGUACUGUAAACAUGGAAACCUCUCUAGCUACCUGAAGAGCAAGCGUGGAGAGUACAGCCCCUACAAGAGGAAGCGAGUUGACAGUCAGAAGUGGGCGUCUGCAGAGGAGGAUGUGACUGAAGGGGAUCUGGGUCUGGGGAAGAUCGCACAGCUGGACCUCUGCACAGGAACGGCCGUCUGCUCCAGAGAUGAAGAAACGGCUUCAGGCAGCAACAUUGACACUCAGGAAGAGAGCUCAGACGAUGACCACCUGACCAUGGAGGACCUGAUAAGCUACAGCUUCCAGGUGGCCAAAGGAAUGGAGUUUCUGUCGUCCCGCAAGUGUAUCCACAGAGAUCUUGCAGCCAGAAACAUCCUGCUUUCGGAGAACAAUGUGGUUAAGAUCUGUGACUUUGGCCUAGCCAGAGAUGUAUACAAAGACCCUGACUACGUCCGCAAGGGAGAUGCGCGUCUACCUCUAAAGUGGAUGGCUCCUGAGACCAUCUUUGAUCGUGUGUACACUACACAAAGUGAUGUUUGGUCCUUUGGGGUUCUUCUCUGGGAGAUAUUUUCUCUGGGGGCUUCUCCCUAUCCGGGUGUUUGCAUCGAUGAGUUAUUCUGCAGGAGGCUUAAGGAAGGCACCAGGAUGAGACCCCCAGAAUACGCCACCACUGAGAUAUACCAGACCAUGUUGGACUGCUGGCUGGAUCGUCCCACAGACAGACCAACGUUCACAGAGCUGGUCGAACAUAUGGGCAACCUGCUGCAGGCCAGCGCUCAACAGGAUGGGAAAGACUACAUCCCUCUGACAGCUGGCGGCGAGGCACAAGAAUCUCCAGUAACCCCGGCCCCCAGGAACCCCUACAGCCGGCCCCAGAGUGGAGAAAUCCUGGAAGCUCAGCUCCACUAUGACAAACCAUCGUCCCUUGGACUGCAACAGCAGAGUGAGCGGUGCAGUCGUCCCCUCAGUGUGAAGACGUUUGAGGACAUCCCUGUGGCGCGCAGCAGUGUUAUGGAGGGUCACACAGACAGUGGGAUGUGCUUCUCUCCAGAGGAGUCGAAGGGUUUGAAUCAACAGCUGCCAGCUACGCCCAACUUCAGCCAGCUGCUGCGCUGUAAGAGUAAAGAGUCUCUGGCUUCUGAGUCAUCCAAUCAGACGAGCGGAUACCAGUCAGGGUACCACUCUGACGACACAGACACCCCGAUCUACGCCAACGAGGAGGUGAUCAUGAAGCACAACAUGCUGAAGAAGCCUCCGCUGCCCAAGACGCCGGACAAAUUCAACAUGGAGAUCCGUUACAGCACACCACCUGUCUGACCCCCAGUACUGAAAGUCUUUUCACUGUACAGUGUUUGUUUGUUUAUUACAAUUUAGAAACAAUGACAACAGUUUUUUUUUUUGGUUUUUUUUUUUGUUUUGUUUUUUUUACAAGAGAUAACUUAAAGAGUCAGCUGUUAAAAUGAAGGUUGCAUGAUAAGUUUGUUAGCUCUCUUUGGUCAGCCGGAGGAAUGCUUUCAUGUUUACACAGUGAAUAAAACGUCUGGGGAGCCGAGACACGGGGACACGCCUACUUCCUGAGGCGCAAUCCACUCACUUCCUGUGCAGCAGGAAAUGACAUCUGGAAUUUUUAGAUAAUGGAAUCAGCAAAU